AUGUUCGAUUUUUGUGAAUCUUUAUCUUGUGAUCUCAAUUUGUGGGUCCGUUUCGCACUGCAACAUAAGGUUGAAGAGUUAUACCUGGAUAUAUGCACCGAUUUGGAAAUUCUGAUGCAUCAACUCUUGUACUCUAGUUCAUCGAUCAGAAAAUUACACCUUCUAGACUGUGUUCUAGAAGUUCAUGGGAAGAUACACUGGGAUCAACUCAAGAGUUUAACCACUGACGGCGUGAGCUUGGAUCAAUCUGUGAUUGAAAGAGUGUUAUCAGGUGCUGGCAUCGAUGAAGAAGACAGAUUUGCCUUCUCCUCUGUUAAAUUUGAAAAGUUCGACGCUAGAUACUUAACUCAAGAAAGUCAGAAUUCUGAAAUCUGGGCAGAACAAUCUUCUCUACAGGAGCGACUUAUUGAAUGGAAUUGGCUUGGAGAAUCUCUUAUCCCUGAAAUUGAGGAAAUAGAGCUCUCAGAUUCCUUUCUAAUGCAUCUGAGGAUAGUUAGAAUCAAAUGGUUUUGUUACGAGACCUCAAUACUUCCAUCGAUAGAGUUUGUGUUGAAACAUGCUAGCCUGCUCGAAAAGAUGGCGAUCGAGGUUAGAAUGCCUAAAUCAGUUGGAUCAGAGUGUUCAGUUCCAGCAGCACAAAAACUGUUUGAGAAUGUCAAGAUCUUCUCCCGUUGCUGA